GACCUGAGGGCUUCCCUUACUGAGGAGGCCUCGUGCUUCAUCUGUCACAAGCGGUGCCCAGGCCGGUGGUGACAACAGAGGCAAUGCUCAGGCUUCUGAGACGUGCUUUGGCCUUCUUCCAUAGUACAGCCAACCCCACAGAGCAGCAGGGCCCACAGCAGCAGGGGCUCCCAGAAGGUGACACCCAGUUGACAACUGUGCAGGGAGUUGUCACAAGUUUCUGUGGUGAUUAUGGCAUGAUUGAUGAGUCGAUCUACUUCAGUAGUGAUGUUGUGACUGGCAACGUGCCUCUAAAAGUUGGACAAAAAGUUAAUGUGGUUGUGGAAGAAGAUAAAAUACUUUAUGGAUUGAGAACAAUCAAGGUGGAUGUUGUGCCUCACCCUCUUAACGAUGAUGGACACUCAGACUCAAAAAUCAGAGUUUUAAAUGGAUGUGUUACUUCUAUAAGUGAAGAUACUAUUUAUAUUAGUAACAUCAUUUAUUUCCCUAUGGACAUUGUUUCUGAAGAUUUUGUGCCUUAUAAGGGCGACUGGUUAAAAGUUGAAUAUUCCACUGAACCAGGCUUCUCAAACUUCAAGGCAAGCUCUGUGAAGCCCACCCGUUGUAUUCAUGCGGAAGAGGUCCGCAUUACUCACAUACGUGGAAGAAGUGGGGUGAUAAAGAAUACUAUCUUUUUCACCUUGGAUUCUGUGAAACUUCCUGAUGGAUACAUACCUCAAGUAGAUGAUAUCGUCAGUGUGGUCAUGGUGGAGAGCAUUCAGUUCUGCUUUAAGUAGAGAGCGGUUUCUGUCACCCCAGUACAAAAAUCAUAAUGACAAAACAUUUUUAUUCUGUUUAUAUUUCCUUUUAAGAGCAGUAAAGGGGCUGGUUUAACUGAAAAGGUUAGCUUAGUAAGCCUAAAUAGUAUUUUAUGUAUGACUUUUCUGGCAAAUCUAAUUGAGAUACUGGCUAGUUUAAUUGGACCAUGAACCCAGCUUAGGGAAGUGCCUUAUCAAUUAAAAGCAUGCUAAAUUAGCUUGCUAGUCACUGGAGGAAAGGAGUUCUUAAUUAAAAUGAACACUGCCAUUAAAUUUGAAUUCCAUAUUUCCUAUUAGCAGCAGCAGAUUCCAGGAUGACAGAGGCCUAGGACGGCCCUAAAGGGAACAUCAGAGCCAAAGCAUUUAACAGAAAAGGCAUCAGAGACAGCAUGUUAAAGGCAUGAUUUAAAGUUACACUUCAGUUUUGAGUCCCCCUUAUGCUGUCUAUACAACCUGUAUUGUUCCAUAGCCUCUUUCAUCUUCUGUCAUUCACAUAAUUUGCAAUGUUUAUUAUUUCCUUAUGUUCCUUCUUCUCCAUGCUAGAAUGUAAACUCCACAAUGGCAGGACGUCUUUUGGUCGGUUUUGUUUUUCUCUCUUUUUUUUUUCUUUCAUUAAAGCAUCACCAGCACUUAGAGGAAGGCAUGACAGACUCACUGAGCAGAUAAAAUGUUAUUAAGUUCAAUGACUGAA